GUCCCUCAAUUUUAUUUAUUUUCCUCAAUCUCCCCCUCUUUUUAAGGUGCAGAUUAAAAACAUGUUCUGGGAGGGGCUAUUGUGCAACAGAAUCAGCGACGCAAAUUCUGCAUCAGGAAUGGCAGUUCAUGACGACUGCAAAUUAAAGUUUCUGGAUCUUAAAGCCAAAAGAAAGUUCAGGUUCAUUGUGUUCAAGAUUGAUGAGAAUAUCCAACAGGUGAUGGUCGAGCGAGUCGGUGGUCACGAUGAAACCUACAACAACUUCCUCACAGCCAUCCCUGCUAACGAGUGUCGUUACGCUGUUUAUGAUUUCGAUUUCACAACUGACGAGAAUUGCCAAAAGAGCAAGAUCUUCUUUAUUGCUUGGUCACCCGACUCGUCGAAAAUAAGAAGUAAAAUGUUGUAUGCGAGUUCGAGGGAUAGAUUCAAGAGAGAAUUGGAUGGAAUUCAAGUUGAAUUACAGGCAACAGAUCCCAGUGAGAUGAGCAUUGAUAUCAUUAAAGCAAGAGCUAUCUGAAUCCCCACAGACAAAAGUAAAAAACUUUUUCACUGCAACAAACAUUAUUUUUUUACCUUACAGUUUUACCCUACGCUCCUAAUUUUCAAAAAUUUACCAUUAGCUUUCCUUUUCUUUUGGGUCAAUUCUCAUAUUGACACGUGUCAUUUAUUUAU